AGAUGGCAAUGCUCUAGAAUAAAAAAAAUCCUUUUUUGUCAGAAUAGCUUCAAAAUGGAAAUGUGCGGGUGUUGAAUAUACAUUUAAUACUAUAGUUAUUUUUAAAGAGACUGGAUUAACUUAGUUUAGAUUUUGUUCAUUUUUGCUCUUUUUAUUAUUUUAUUUUAUUCAACUAAAAUCAAUAUGUAUAUAUAUACUACACGAAUUUACCUGAUUGUAGUUUCACAACACAAGUCAAUAAAUACACACCACAUUUCACAACUAAAGGUAAAUUCAUAUAUGAUUUCAUCGACUAAAUAUAGAAUGGAUUAUAAAACAGAAGUAUUUAAACAUUACCCGCUUUACAUAUUUAACCAGAGCGGAGUCUCAGGGAAAAAAAUCAAAAUGACGGAAAUAUCUAAAUUGCCAGUAACUGAAGCAAUGAGGCUGUGUAGGGAUACCACUACUAUAGAAACCAUUAUAGAACUGACUAAACAUUCUCAUCCUCAGGUCAGACAGAGAGCUCUUAAAGAAAUGUGUCCAUGUCGAGUAAAGAAGGAUCAUGACGACUUCUGGAAACGUGUCCUAGAAAUGGUUGACGAUGAGGCUGUAAACGUCAGACAGCAGGUCUUACACACUCUGUGUGAUGGCUCGCCCGCUCAUCUAGAGGUCGAUGUUGCUGAAGCUUUGGAUGGAUUUAACAGAGAUUCAGACUCAAAGAUCAGAAGGACGGCACACAAGUGUCUUACCACAUAUAACCGGACUGGGAAGUGGAAUAUACUUUGACCUUAUCUUAAACUAUGUUUUAAACUUAAUGGCUGAAUCGCCAAAUGAGUGCAAUUCUGAAGACAGGGCUCUUUCACACCAGAGUCUUGGACGGAUUCGGACAAGAAGUAACGACAUAAUGUGGAAGAAGGAAAAAUGAAAGUUAAACAUUCACACAAUCACAGGACUCAAUAAUAAAAUGACAAAAACUACAUAAUGUUAUACUCACUGCUUAUAAAAAAAUAUAUAUACAUGUAUUUACAUAUGUAUUUUUAAUAUCUUAUAGGUAUUAUUCCUUUGAAAUUAAAAUCCCACAUUAAAAAAUAUAUGAAAAUGAUAAUGCUCUCCUGAUAGACACGCUUAUUCAAUUCAAUUUUCCAAAAGUUUCACUUACGCAAGUCAAUUGAAAAAGACUGUCAAAAGAAAAGCAAAUCGUCAAAAUAGCAGUCAUAAAUGUAAUUGCUUUUUAUCAGUAAAUUUUUUUUUUCUAAAGUGUGCUCCUUUAUUGUCGGAGUCAAUUACACAAAAGGAAAGUUUCAUGGUAUUUAGAUAGUAAUUUCCAAAUAAUACACAAACAUAAAUAUCUCUGAAAACUGCGAUUAAGUGUUUUUCUUUUAGAAAAGAGUCCUUAAAUUUUUAUACGAUCACAACAUUUGGUCGUUCAUGAUAAGGGUACGUCCUCGUCGUCGCGUGAGAAGACUUUGUUUUCAGUCAAUAACUUGAGUAUAUAAGUAUAUGAAUCUCUGUAAAAUUGCACCACCUCAAAGAUUCAAUUUUCUGGUACAUAGAUCGCUUUGAAAUUGUACCAAAAUAACUCAUACUUCAUAAGUAAGGUCGGGAUUGAUUAUGAUCAUUUUCGUUUUAUAAUUAGGAGCAAAAGAGACCAAGAAAGCAUGGAUCUCUGAAAUUUUACCACAAGGUUCCAUACCAAAAAAAAAAGAUUUGGAUUGAUUUUUGAGGUUAUGGUCCACCUAUAGGAAAACUAUAAACUUAAAAAGUCUUUUCUAUUACUUUGUAUUGACUGCUUAU